AUGAUUCCAGUUACAAAAUGGGUAAUCUUGAGCAUAUUCUUUCACAUGUUAUUAGUACUGUCAAAUUCAGAAACUUUCGAAGUGAGACAAGCACUGGUCAAGUUCAUGAACGAGAUUUCUCUUGGAAAUAUCUCAAAAGAUGUAAACUUUGGAUGGAAUUUAUCAUCUGAUCCCUGUACAAACAAUUGGGAGGGCAUAGCUUGUGAUACAGGAAAUCAACAUGUAAAACACAUCGUUCUUGAUCAGAAGAAUCUCACUGGAAUUCUUGAUGCUGCUUCUGUCUGUGAGGCUACUUCCCUUGCUGUACUAAGCUUGAAUGAGAACAAAAUUAUUGGACUUUUACCACAAGAAAUAUCCAACUGCAGGCGUCUCACACACUUGUAUUUGCAUGGAAAUAAAUUCUCAGGCAGUCUUCCAAGCUCUCUUUCGCGAUUAAACAAUUUGAAAAGGCUUGUUCUUUCAGACAAUGCCUUCUCAGGGCAGCUACCUGAUAUGUCAAGAAUCUCAGGGUUGCUAACUUUUUUGGCUGAAAGAAACCAGCUAACAGGGCAAAUACCAAAUUUCGAUUUUUCCAAUCUUGUAGAUUUCAAUGUCUCCUACAAUAAUUUAACUGGUCCAGUUCCUGAUGUCAAGGACCAUUUUGAUUCCAACAGUUUUUUGGGUAAUCCUGGAUUAUGUGGAGUGCCAUUGUCAAACACAUGUCCACCAUCGCCAUCGCCACCUCCUCCUCCAGUUUCUAAGAAGAAGAAAAUCUCAUUCCUUAUCUAUCUUGGCUAUGCUAUUCUUGGGUUGAUUAUCAUAUUUCUACUUGCAUUAAAGCUUUUUAAGUGCAUCAGGAAGAAAAAGAGCAAGAGUACUGCUCUAAAGGAUCAGACCAAGAACAAUAGCCCUGGUGAGUCAAAGGCUCCUGGAAACAGGUCAGAAUAUUCAAUAACAUCUCCAGAAAACUCAAUGUUCUCAGCAUCUUUUGAAAUCCUUUCAAGUCCUAUGGCUAACAAAUUGAGAUUCGAGGAUUUGCUUCGAGCUCCUGCUGAACUGAUUGGUAAAGGAAGACAUGGAAGUGUUUACAAGGUCAAAGCUGAUGGAGGAGUAACAUUGGUAGUAAAGAGGAUCAGAGGUUGGAAUAUUUCGAAAGAUGAUAUCAAGAAGAGGAUGCAUGGAAUACAUAGAAUGAAGCAUCCUCAUGUGUUGCCCCUUAUUGCUUUCUACAGUUCCAAGCAAGAGAAGCUAAUAGUUUACAAGUACCAACAGAAUGGCAAUCUCUUCAAGCAUCUCCAUU